CUGAGGCCUGCCGUAGGACCCGCGCGGGGAAAGUAGUACUCUGACGGUCGCGCAGCUGCUGCAAGGGGUGAAUUCGGGGAGAGAGGCGGUUCCCGGGGAGUGCCUGGAGGCGCGGUGACCAAAGCCACAGAAUGUCAAUCGUUCGUUCAUCCGUCCACGCCAAAUGGAUCGUGGGGAAGGUCAUUGGAACAGCAAUGCAAAAAACAGCUAAAGUGAGAGUGACCAGACUUGUCCUGGAUCCCUAUUUAUUGAAGUAUUUUAAUAAGCGAAAAACCUACUUUGCUCAUGAUGCCCUUCAGCAGUGCACAGUUGGGGAUAUUGUGCUUCUCAAAGCUCUACCUGUUCCACGAACAAAGCAUGUGAAACAUGAACUGGCCGAAAUCAUUUUCAAGGUUGGACAGGUCAUAGAUCCUGUGACCAGAAAACCCUGUGCAGGAACUACCUACCUGGAAAGCCCAGUCAGCUUGGAAACCACCUGCCUAACAAAAAAUCUAAAAGAACUCAAUAGUUCUUCAGCACAGUGAAGGAGGAUUGGAAAAAGGAGCCAAAGGGAAAGAUUUAUAAGUUUGCUUUACGGAAAAAGAAAUUUUUCUAAGUUCCAAACUGUCCAAUUUCUGUUCCAGUGUUUAUGGAAUAGCUAAAAGUAAAUGAAGUAAAGACUUUAUUAAAAUUUUUCACCAAAGUUUAAAGUCAUGUUUAAAUUUCCUUUUCACUGGACAUAAAGUUUCCUCUUACACUAAG